AUGGAGGACGGAGACUCGGCCAAUCCCGACGUGACUGAUGCUCCCCGGGUAGAGGGAGGGGGGAGGGGUGUUUUUGGGGGGGGAGGGGGGGUGCAUGCCUGGGACCAUGGGGGCACUGGCCCCAUUACCGGCCCCAGCACCAGCCCCAGCACCGGCCCCAGCACCGGCCCCAGCACCGGCCCCAGCACCGGCCCCAGCACCGGCCCCAGCACCGGCCCCAGCACCGGCCCCAGCACCGGCCCCAGCACCAACCCCAGCACUGGCCCCAGCACCGGCCCCAGCACCGGCCCCAGCACCGGCCCCAGCACCGGCCCCAGCACCGGCCCCAGCACUGGCCCCAGCACCGGCCCCAGCACCGGCCCCAGCACCAACCCCAGCACCGGCCCCAGCACCGGCCCCAGCACCGGCCCCAGCACCGGCCCCAGCACCGGCCCCAUUACCGGCCCCAGCACCGGCCUCAGCACCGGCCCCAGCACCGGCCCCAGCACCGGCCCCAGCACCGGCCCCAGCACCGGCCCCAGCACCGGCCCCAGCACCGGCCCCAGCACUGGCCCCAGCACCGGCCCCAGCACCGGCCCCAGCACCAACCCCAGCACCGGCCCCAGCACCGGCCCCAGCACCGGCCCCAGCACCGGCCCCAGCACCGGCCCCAUUACCGGCCCCAGCACCGGCCUCAGCACCGGCCCCAGCACCGGCCCCAGCACCGGCCCCAGCACCGGCCCCAGCACCAACCCCACCACCGGCCCAAGCACCGGCCCCAGCACCGGCCCCACCACCGGCCCCAGCACCGGCCCCAGCACCGGCCCCAGCACCGGCCCCAGCACCGGCCCCACCACCAACCCCACCACCGGCCCCAGCACCAACCCCACCACCGGCCUCAGCACCAACCCCACCACCGGCCCCAGCACCGGCCCCACCACCGGCCCCACCACCGGCCCCACCACCGGCCCCAGCACCAACCCCAGCACCGGCCCCAGCACCGGCCCCAGCACCGGCCCCAGCACCGGCCCCUGA